CUAUCAGUCGCUGCAAGCAGAGAGAGAAGUCACAUUCCACGCUACCACCCACACUUUGAAUAUUCUUCCACACAGGAGACAUCUGACCAUCAUUGUCGCAGUGCACAUCCCGACCGUACCGCAUAUCGACCCGCAUUCCGCAUUCGACCCAAGUACACUCGGAUCAAGACACGAUUGCUCCCGCUCUUUCGCACCUCUGUAGGAGAGAGACAACCCCACCAGCCGCUGUCUGAGUGCAUUCCCCCGCUCAUCUCACCCGGCCCUCUGGGGGCGCAGGGAGAAUACGAAGCCUUUCAGGCGUAGUUGAAGGAAAGACACAUUCAUAAUGGCGAACUUACGGUUCGCGGUGAGCAUGCAACGGUUAAUACCGUUUCUUGGCUUCCACCAUGUUCUCAUGAUUCUUAUUGCAAUUGCUAUAAUAUUGCUUUCAUUGCUACUAGCAGGAUGCUCGUCCACUUCACCACUCAUCCCCGGCAUCUUCCUCAUCUCCAUGUGGUACGAACAGUUCACACCCACCUACGCACCUGAACAGGUCGACCCCGGUGUCACAGCCGCAAUUGCCAACAUUGUCGGCAACGCACAGCUUGGUGUGCGCGUCGGCUACUUCGGCAUCUGCAUCAACCGAGACGGCGGUGGCUUCAUCUGCUCCAACAAUGCCACAGCGCUCGUCGACAACGUGUCCGUUGACCAGGACCCGCUGAACCUCGUCUGGGUUGCUGCCACCUUCAAGGAUGCCGUUGUUUUCCCUUACUUGCUCAUUGUCGCCAUCAUCCUCGCCUUCUUCACAUUCAUCCUGCUUGCCACCUUCCCCGGAUGGCACGAGGAGAGAGACGAGCGAACCGGAUCCGAUGUCGACGUCAAGCCCUUCCCGUCAAGGCCUGUCUCACAAGUCGCCCUUGCGCUCAUCUUUAUCUCGUCCAUCUUCGUCCUGGUUUCCGUACUCUGGCAACAUACAGCAUCCGUCGCAGCCGCAACCAUUGUGCAAGACCUGGGUAACGGCAGCGUCAAGUCCGGUGUCGGUACAUCAGCCAUGGUUCUUGGAUGGUUCGGCUUUGUGCUACUCAUAAUAGUAACCAUCGGGUUGCUCGUUAUGAUUCUCAGCAUCAUUGUUCUCGACCGUCUUACCGACAACGACUAAGAGGACCGACACAGCUGCGAAUACAUUCAAAAAAUAAUAACGAGAAGAUGAGCAUUUUGUUGGCGCGAUUGUGUAAUUUGGUGCCGAGCUUACUCGGCCUUCACUUCUUCAGCUCAGUUACUGUUACAUACCCUUUUGGCGACGCGAUGGCAGCUUGCUGACCAGAACCGCUUUUUGUUUGGCAUACCCGGCGUCGAGGUUUUUGCAUCAGAUCAAUUUGAUCCACGAGCGAGUAUUGGUAUUUAACAAGGAUGUUAGACGAAGGAGGAACGACUCGACGGACAGAAACGCUAGGAUGGACUGUAUUUAUGUAGUAAAUGAAAGAAUGAGAAUCGGAUACGUCAAGUCAGGAAACUCU